CUGUCAGAAUUUUAUUUUCAGUCAUUCAAAGUAUUCCUCAAUUAUUUUACAAAGAUUGAUUAUUUUUUUUUUGUGCACUUCUGAAAUCCUACCUUAAGCUAAACCAUGGCACAAAAGCCGAAGACGAAAACGAAAAAACGUAAAUGUAGAAAAUGUGGUCUUCUAACUUGCGGAUGCUAUGUCCCUUACAAAGACUGCUUUUUCCCUAGAAAACAUCCCAGAUAUAUAAAGUACAUGGUAUCACAUACAAAAUGGCAAGAAGAUUUAACGGCCUAUAACUUCCAUUUGAACAGGGUCUUCAAUGCAAAAUGUUAUAUUGAUGCAAAACCACCAGAUAUACACAGCCUCACUUACUAUCUGCAAAUUCACAGACUCCACAAAGAUGACGAACGAUGCUAUAAAAUAGACAGGGAUAACAAGAUUCUCUUGCAAAGAAUAAUGGAGAUCAAUAAAAAAGGGGGCGACGUAGACAACAUUAAUGAAGACGCAUUCAUCAAUUUGUCCCAGUGGAGAAAGAACAGGGUGAAAAUGUUGGAGAUCGACAAAGAAAAUAGAAGAGUACAUAGAGUACUGUGCGAUACGAAUCCGUAUUAUCCCAAGAAAGAACAUUCCUCAGAAUGGAAACUUUUCGUGUCGAGGAUGAAACUUGCAGCCAAAUUUCCCAUAGGAAUAUUUAAGAGAACGAGCCUGGAUGACAGGCUAUGCUCGGAACCGUCCAUAUCUGGAGACCUGGAGAAGUAUUCUGAGAGACCGCUAUGCUUCCUGGAGUUCCAAGUCGAUAAGGGCGAAUACCUAGGCAAAAUCAUCGUGGAACUGUAUAAGGAUCAUGUGCCUGUAACAGUUCAGAAUUUCAUAGAACUUUUAAAUGGCGCUCCAGGACUACGGUACAGGGGCUGUCCAGUACAUAGGAUUGUUAAGGAUAGAUUCUUGGAAACAGGCGAUAUAACAAGGGGAAACGGAACUGGAGGUACAUCCAUAUAUGGAGAAUCAUUCGACGAGGAGAACCAUAGUCUCAAGCAUACUAAAGCAGGAGUGCUGUCAAUGGUGAGAAUAGACAGUACAGAAAAGAACAACUCAAGAUUCUGCAUCACCUUCAUGAAUAUGCAAGAGUGGGACAAGAAGAAUGUAGUUUUCGGGAAGGUCGUCCAAGGAGCCCAUGUCCUCCUCAAACUCAGUUCCUAUGGACGUACCAUAGGUAAACCUCUGCGUACCAUUCGCAUAAGUGGUUGUGGAACUUUACCUUCUUGUGAUUGUAUGCAGGAGCAUAUGAUUAAGUGUGCUUAAGGUGUAUUUUAUAGGGUAGGAGCCAAAGCGAUAGGACUUUUAUGUUAAUUCUCAACAAGAUGUAGGUUUUUGUAUUAUUUUUCAAUAUACGUAAUCUAAUAUCUGA